UAAAAGCUUUAAAUGUGGGACAAAUUAAUCACUGGGCCAUACUUGAUUUUUUUUUUUUAAUUUUCUGCUCAUCUCUUUAAUCUCCUGUUUACAAACCUGACCUGUCUGUUUCCUUUUUCAAUUUUUGUCUUCUUCCCUUUCCUUUACUAGCUCCCACUCAUACAAAAGCCCCAAUAUGAAAACACCAAUUUUGACAAUAUACAAUUUCAUUACAUUUUCUUAAAGCAAAGACCAAACAAAGUUGAAGAAGGAAAACAGAGUGUGUAAUACUAAAAUGAAUCAAGAAAUGAAUGGGACUGAAGCUAAUAAUAAUGAUCAGAGUCAGAGAUCUUCUUAUCAAGAAAAUGGGCAUGAGAAUAUUGAUUACGUUUUCAAAGUGGUGGUGAUUGGAGAUUCUGCAGUUGGCAAAACUCAAAUACUUUCCAGGUUUACCAAAAACGAGUUUUGUUUUGACUCAAAGUCCACCAUUGGAGUUGAGUUCCAGACUCGUACUGUCACCAUUAAUGACAAACUCAUCAAAGCUCAGAUCUGGGAUACAGCCGGCCAAGAAAGGUAUCGAGCUGUAACAAGUGCUUACUACAGAGGAGCACUAGGGGCGAUGUUGGUGUACGACAUAACGAAGAGGCAGAGCUUCGACCACGUGGCCAGGUGGGUGGAGGAGCUCCGAGCCCACGCCGACAGCUCCAUAGUGAUCAUGCUGAUCGGUAACAAGGCUGAUUUGGUCGACAUGAGAGCCGUGCCGACAGAGGACGCCGUCGAGUUCGCCGAGGAUCAGGGCCUUUUCUUCUCCGAGACAUCGGCUCUCAGCGGUGACAACGUCAACACUGCGUUCUUCAGGGUUUUGGAGGAGAUAUACGGUGUCGUUUCGAAGAAAAGUUUGGAGUGUGGAAAUGGGUCAAAGACUAAUGGUGUGGAACUUCAGGGUUCCAAAAUUGAUGUCAUUUCUGGGUCUGAGAUGGAAAUCAGUGAGAUGAAAAAGCUUUCUGCUUGUUCUUGUUGAGAUUUGCUAUAGAGAUAUUACUUACUAAGUUUACUAUAUAUGAUGAUUUACAUGAUUAUUUGUUUAAUCAAGCUAAGCACAGCAGUGAUUCUCUAUCUAUAUUACUCUAUGCUUUAAUUAGGUUAAUUUUGAGUUUUCACUCAUUUUUUAUUUUAACCUUCCUUGUUCAUUUUUUUUUUUUGGAGGAAAGUGAAUAUAUUUGAGAGAAGAUAUCUUUGUGGAUUUAUGAUCUGAUUUAGAUUUUAUGUUUACUAAACAGAGCACUUGUAUUGUAUGAGUAUUUGCCUAUGAAAGUGAACAUGUAGCUUUUUAUUUUCUCUCUA